AUGGAGUAUUACGAACUAUACAAAUUAGAUGAAACUAUACCUUUGAAAAAACAGAAUCUAUUUGCUCCUAAACAUCUAUUUAGACUACUAGUUGCGAGCACUUCUGAAUCUGGAAAGACGAGCAUGGUAGUACAUCUGCUCCUAGGAAGCAAAUAUCUAAAAAUAUAUCUAUGGAUGUCUGGUAAAAAAUGUAGUCAUAAAGUACCAAAAGGCAAAAGCAAAAAUUUUGGUGAAAGGUAUAUUCCAUAUGAUAAUCUAAUUGUUGUUGUGCAACACCAAGAUGAAGAGUUAUGGGAAGCAGUACAAUAUUUUUAUGAGUUUAUAGUCAUAGAUAAGCAAGCUCCAUACCAAUUUACUGUUAUAGUCUUUGAUAAUCUUGCUAGCGAACCUCUUGCAACUCAACUAAAAGUCGUUCCUUUCUUUAGAUCUCGAGUUCAACAAUAUCUUAACCCUACUGCUACUUCAUUAACUCCUGAAGCAAUUGAAAAAAUAAGGGAUGCUCAUGCAAAACAGAUAUCAAAUAGAAAAUGCAUUAUGUGUGCUAAUUAUAAAAUUAAAAUAACAUCUAUGAAUUCAUCUAUCUCAAUACUUCAACCAGAAAUCUUGUCUAUACAUAGCUUAUCAAGUGCCAGAAAUCCUGAGCAAGUAAUUUUUUUGAGCAAACUAGCAACAAAAAAGACUAGUAGAAAAAAGAAAGUCUCACAGAAUGAGGAACUUCUUAGUUCUAAUAUUGAUAAGACAAACUCUGGUGUGGAAUUAUCUAAAG